AUGUGGACUCAGUGCAGCCGCGUGCUCUGCGGGCGGUCGGAGCGUGGGCUUUACUUCCCCAUCAAUCACCGCAUUGUCGAUCAGCGUAAUACGUUAGCUUCUGGAGCGGAGGAGUCCGAUAUCCAGUCGCGGUACCGGCGCCAGCUGAGGUCGAGUUUCGUGACGAGGGAGACGCGGCAGACAGAGCCGCCGGCGUGGAGCCAGAGGGCCCGCGCUACGCACUUUCUCUCGCUUCCGCUGCCCGCCCGGUGCACGCUGCGGGUGCGCGUGAGGGAGAUGCACGAAAGCAUGAUAUUCGCCAAUCAAAGCAUCGAGCCGCUUUUGAUUCCCGCCGCGAAGCUGCACGUCACCUUGGGGGUGAUGACCAUCGGUGGAGAGACGUCCAGAGCAGAGGGUGUCUCAGCCGCCGCAGCACCUGAUGUGCUGGCGGCCAUUCAAGAUUGCGUCGACCAGGCGUGCCACGAUACGUGCAAGGAGCCGCUGCAGCUGCGCUUCCGCGGCCUCGGCACCUUUGGACAUGGCCGUGUGCUGUUCGCGGGAUGCAUCACCGAGGCGCACUUCACAACGCUCGAUACGCUUGUGCGCCGCAUUCGCAGAGACGUAGGCCUCGAUUUAGGCGUGGACAUGAAAGGCAACCCGCACGACUCGUACGUGCCCCACGUCACGGUCGCUAAGAUCCGCCCAUCGCAGAUUGGCCAGUUUGGCCGUCAGCUCCCGAUUUCGAUGUGGGCGGAUCACCAGCAUCACGACUUUGGCGACGUCACCUUCAAUAGAAUCGAUCUGUGCAGCAUGAAGGGUGAGGGAAAGAAUGGGUACUACCACGUCGUGUCCUCGGUCGCGGUGCAGUAG